AUGUUUUUUGGAAGUCGAGACGGAUCCGCCUGGAUUUUUUUGCUCGCGCUGCUUUGUCUUUGUGACUGCUCUGCCUCGCAGUUAACCUAUUCGAUCUCCGAGGAGCUGAACAAAGGGACAGUAGUGGGCAACAUUGCAAAGGAUUUAAAUCUGAACAUACAGAAUCUGGAGACCAGAGAUUUACGCAUCGUAUCGAGUUUCAGUAAGACGUACUUUGAUGUGAAUUUACGCACGGGGAACCUUUUUGUCUCUGACAGGAUAGACAGAGAGGAGCUUUGUCCUCAUGUGGAUAAAUGCUCCAUCAAAAUACAAGCUGCUUUAAACAAUCCAAUGAAUGUGCACAGGAUAGAGAUACAUAUUCUAGACGUAAAUGAUAACCCGCCAUUAUUUGAAGAGCACUCGCAUGUGUUGGAUAUUUCCGAAUCUUCCUUCACCGGUGAGAGGUAUUUACUCCCAAUGGCAAAUGACGCAGACACGGGGAGUAACACGGUGAAAAGCUACAAGCUGAGUCCAAAUGAGUGUUUCUCUCUGGACGUGCAGAGCGGGGGACAGCACAGUGAGUCUGCAGAGUUAGUGCUGCAAAAAGCUUUAGACAGAGAGAAACAAUCCAUUAUUCACCUGACGUUAACAGCGUUUGACGGUGGCAAACCUCCCCGAUCAGGGACAUUAAACAUAAUUGUACAAGUUAUGGAUGUAAAUGACAAUAAUCCACAGUUCACACAGUCUCUAUAUAAAGCUCAGGUCCCUGAAAAUGUCCCAUUCCAGACCACCAUACUGACUGUAAGUGCUACAGAUUUGGAUGAUGGAGCAAAUGGUGAAAUUAUCUAUUCAUUUAUUGAAAGAGGGAACUUUAAUCCUGGUUUAUUUUUCUCUAUUAACUCAGACACGGGGGAAAUAACUGUGGUAGGAAAGGUAGACUAUGAAGAAAAUGCAGCUUUUGAUAUACGAAUACAAGCAAAUGAUAAAGGCACACCUUCUCGAAGUGUGCACGGUAAACUGUUACUGGAAGUAAUUGAUGUUAAUGACAACAUACCAGAAAUCCUUGUCACAUCUUUGAUGACCCCAGUUAAAGAAGAUGCUGAGGUUGGAACAGUUGUUGCCCUGGUGACUGUCACUGACAAAGAUGGGGGCAAUAAUGGUGUCGCCAAUGCUAAAAUUUCUGGGUUGGUUCCUUUUGACCUGAAACUGAAUUAUAAAAAUUACUAUUCUUUGACAGUUAAUGGACCUCUUAAUAGAGAGAAAGUGGCUCAAUAUAAUGUGACAAUAAUAGCUACAGAUGAAGGCACCCCACCUCUGUCGAGUAGCAGUGUUAUUUCUGUUCACAUUUCUGAUGUGAAUGAUAAUGCUCCACUAUUCUCAGAGCAAGAAAUUAAUUUAUACGUGGAGGAGAAAAGUGGAGCCGGGACAACAAUCGGAUUGAUAACAGCACAAGAUCCUGAUACAGCAGAAAAUGCAAAAGUCAUGUACUCCAUUUAUGGCAACUUUUCAAAAUAUAUCCCAAUAUCAUCUGUUUUAAACAUCAACUCAGAGACAGGAGAUAUAAUCAGUCUGCAGAGUUUUAACUAUGAGGAGUUAAAAACAUUUCGGUUUAAAGUUCAGGCCACAGACUCUGGUGUUCCUCCACUCAGCAGCAACGUGACUGUAAAUGUUUUUAUCUUGGAUGAGAAUGACAACAGUCCAACUAUUCUGGCUCCUUAUUCUGAG